AUGACAGUCUCCCCAGAGCCGCAUACCUGCUGUUGCCAGCAUGGCCAGCGGUGCAAUUGCGCGUUGAAGAAAGACCUCGAGCCUGUCCCCGAAGAUAUUCCCCCACUCAUCCAGCCGAAAGAACAUCACAAACAACGGCCGAACAUGAAUUCGCACGAGGCCAAGGCCACCAUCAUCACAAACGGCCAUCAUAAGCCUGUUCACAAAUUCAACGAUGCGCAUAAUCAACUGGGGACUCCCUACAAAAUCCCUUCCCGAUCGCAUUCCCUCCACGGCCAGCGCGAUGUGGCUCAUCGGUCCACCGACAGUCUACCGCUUACCAAAUCUUCCAGACCCUUCCAUGAGUCGCCGUUGCACAAUUCGAUGACCGACGCUCUGGACAUUAUACAUCGGCGGGUCAAGUCUGAACACAACUCUCCCGCCCUUGGGCCAUCGAGCAUGGGUGUGGACCCGGCGAUCCAGGAUCUUGCAAUCCCGAGUUUCGACCCCAAUGCCUAUUCAUAUUCUCCCUUCGGCACCGACACGCCUCCGACGCAAACAAAUAGCCUGCAAAACAGCCAGAAUCCCAGUUUGCAGGAUCUGUCACUGCCCGAACGCUUUCCCGAGAGUUGGUUCAUGACAUAUGAACAGGCACACGAUUACGAACCUCCGCCGGGAUCCCGAUAUACUGAUUUGUCGGCGGUCGAUUGGUCGACGUUCAACCUAGAUACAAAUCCGAAUCCCUACACGAGUAGUCAGAGCAACUCUCCCUACAUGGCCCAACAAGCCCCCUAUUUGACCGGUCAAGUCAACAAUGCGGGCAUCACAUCUUCAAGCGGGGAGGUUUCCGAGGUCGACGACCCAUCGCCACCCUCUCAGCUACCCACCGGCAACAGGCCGUUGAAUAUCGAACGACCUAAUGGGUUGGACGGCUAUAGCGAUUUUAACAGCAUCGGGGGCGACGACGUUUCCGAUCGGCAUCGACUGAGCUCUGCAUCAUCUUAUUAUGGAACCCCUCAAGCCAACAUGCUGGCCAACGACAACCGAGGAUCUCUCGACAUUGACGACUAUAUCAAACAGGCUGAAGCGGAGACGAAACGGAUGCAGAUGCAACAGCAACUGGCCCACCUGCAAAUGAAUCCACAAGAUGCACAAUCGUCGCGAAUGUCGAGCGUCAGUCGAGGAAUUACGCCGAGUAUUUCGACCCCGGGGAGCACAGCAAACGCGGAACACCCAUACACGAUAAGAGAAGCGCAAAGGUACGCUCACAUGGACGGAAACAGUACUCAUGUGGCGGAGAGGAAACCUGCCAUGGCACCGGUUAGCAUUGCGGAUGAUCCUGCAUGGUCCCUGGCCCCAGAUAUGUCCAAUCCCGAGCUAUCUUUGCACGAUGAACAGGAAGACGAGGACUGGGUUCGGUGA